AAAGAGAAAAUAGGAAAGGUGAUAGGUGGAAACCGUCUUCCUCUUGAGCGGAGUGGGGAAGGAAAAGCUGCCGCAAAUCCCAGCUCCUAAAUGAAGAGACCGAGACCGAGGCCGAAAAUACCACUUUCCACCACCGCAAAAUCACCGCCGCCACCACCUCCUACUCCACCACAAACGCUCCUCAAACCUCACAACUCCAAAACCACCAUCCAAAUCUGCUCAAAGAAACCCAAAAAACCCAUCCUCAAAGCCGCCACCACCACCAGAAAAACAGCGACACACAUCGCAAAUUGGGUCCCACUUGACCUCAUCCAAUCGGAACUCUCUCUUCCCCUCACAUUCCCCACUGGCCAAACCUUCCGCUGGAAACAAACGGGUGCCUUCCAGUAUACCGGCACUCUCGGCCCUCACUUGAUAUCGCUCAAGCAUCAUCAUGAAAACGGCGACGUUUAUUACCACAUCCACCGAACUCCCUCCGAAUCCGCCGCCAAAUUAGCUCUUCUCGAUUUCCUCAACAUUGAUAUCUCACUCACCGAUAUUUGGGCUGAGUUCUCGGCCUCGGACUCGCGGUUUGCUGAGCUAGCGCUACACUUGAAGGGGGCUAGGGUUUUGAGGCAGGACCCACUGGAGUGCAUGAUUCAAUUCCUGUGUUCUUCCAAUAAUAACAUUGCGAGAAUCACUAAAAUGGUGGAUUUUAUAUCUUCUUUGGGAGAAUAUCUGGGGAAUGUUGAGGGUUUUGAGUUUCACGAGUUCCCGUCUUUGGAACGAUUGGCUAUGGCCACUGAGCAGGAGCUUAGAGAGGCUGGUUUUGGUUACAGGGCAAAAUAUAUAACUGGCACUGUAGAUGCUUUGCAAUUAAAACCUGGUGGAGGUGCAGAGUGGCUUGCAUCUCUCCGUAAAUUGGAUCUCCAAGUGGUGAUUGAUGCUCUUUGUACCUUACCUGGAGUUGGGCCCAAAGUAGCAGCGUGCAUAGCUCUUUUCUCUCUUGAUCAACACCACGCCAUUCCUGUUGAUACGCAUGUGUGGCAGAUUGCUAUACGAUAUCUACUACCUGAGCUUGCUGGUGCCCGCCUGACACCAAAGCUGUGCAGUCAAGUGGCAGAUGCAUUUGUAAGAAAAUAUGGGAAAUAUGCUGGAUGGGCACAAACUCUACUUUUCAUUGCUGAGCUGCCUGCCCAAAAAACCAUUUUACCAUCUCAAUUUGGGAAUAUCAGAGAGAUUAAACCUGCUAUCGAGAAAGACGGUGAAGCAGAUAUUGGAAAUUGUGGCUAUAAAUAGAGUACAUCAUUUUAAGUUAUGUUGUCUGUGUGUUUGAGUUCAAAAUUAAUUUGUUGAACGCCUUAAGCGAGAACUCCUGAUAUGGGUCACCACCAAAAAAUGGAUUUCGUUGGAAGAUUGAACACUUCCUCUUUCAUAUACAAGCCUGCAAAAUUAAUAUUGCAAUUAACACUA